AUGAAUGUACUUCCACCAAUAACUAUCCCAACUUUUAUUCAACCCAUUGUUGAAUCAGCGGUUGCUUGGUUUACAAUAACAUUUAUUGCGAUCCCAGCUUCUAUUUUCUUUAUGAUUUGGGAUUGUCCAAAAUCUAUUUGGCGAUUUUUCUUUAAUGAUUAUCCUAAAGUUAUUCUUAUUACUGGUGCAAAUUCUGGUAUAGGGGCAGAACUCGUGCUCGCUUAUGCGAGAAAAAACACUACCAUUGGACUUAUUGCUCGCGAUAAAGACCGUUUGGAUGCUGUGUCAAAAGCUUGCCAUAAACAAGGUGCAACUACUCGAAUUAUACAAUGUGAUAUUACCAAUAUGGAAGAUUUAAGUAGAUGUAUUGAUAAAUUUGAUAAUGAAAAUCCAAUUGAAUUGUUAAUUGCUAAUGCAGCUCAAUCUGGUGCAACUAUUGAUCAUGUGGAGGAUUCAUGGAGACGAGCUCUUGAGGUGAACAUUACGGGUACAUUAGCAACAGUUGUCUUAGCUUAUAAAAAAAUGCGCGAGAGAAAAAAGGGACAAAUUGCAAUUACCGCAUCGCUUGCCGGACAUUUUUCCGUGCCACAAAUGAUCUUUUACAAUGCAACCAAAGCAUCUUUGAUUUCCUUCGCACGCGAUCUUCGUUAUUUGGCAGCACAGCAUAAUGUAAAAAUUAAUGUUAUCUGCCCGGGAUUUAUUGAUACACGAUUGACCAAUGAACCAGGACAACCAAUAACUCCCGUUCCGAAAAUUUUCAAAGCAUCACCUGGUUCAUUGGCUAAAGUCAUUCAAUGGCAAUUGUUAGAAAAUCAUGCUGAAAUUACUUGGCCUUUCUUUGAAUAUUUACCAACUUAUGCAACUUAUAUUUUGCCACCAAGAAUUAUGGAAGUGGCUACUUACAUGGCUGGUAAAUUCAAUGGUUUUGUUACUGGUACUGGUGAUAUUGCUUGGACUUAA